CUUCCUACUAACAUAGUGACUUUUGUGGAGUGUUACAGUAUAACGAGGUUUAAAUAAUGAACACCUACCGUUUAUUUGGUUUGUUUCUGUUUUUGGUGGGAUAUGCUUACGCAAUAUGCGCGGCUGGAGAAUAUCUUGUUACUAUGGAGAAAAAAGAAUUUCUGGAAAUUGUCGAAUGUGUUUCUAAAAGCAAGGAUCCAUUGCUUUGUAGUAAAUUUGCUGCUUGUGAACGAUUAAUGUCCCCAAGAGUACUAUUUUCUUUAGAUGAAUGUAAACGUGAAGUAGUUCCGGAGGGAAUUAAAAGAUGCACUCCUUAUUCAAUUCUUUUUGAGAAGCCAGAAACACCCGAAAAAAUAUUUGACUGUGUUGUUGAAAAAGUUGAAAAGCUUACUUUCCCAGAAAAGAAAAUCAUGUUAAAUUUUGAGGAAUGUGCUAAACUUCUGUUUGAAGAAACCUGCAAGAAGAAAAGUUAAGAAAAAGUCUCAAUCCUAAUCCGCAGCUAUUUAUUAUCCUUUCCAAUAAUAUAUGCAUAAAAUAGCAAAAUAUUUUGCAAAAGAAAUCUCAGAGUAUUGAUUGUAUUU